AUGUGUAUGCUGUGUUUCAUGCCUAUCCAGUGGAUAAUAGUUCUGAACAAGGACCAUGAAUAUUCCAUAAUCUCCUCCUGUAAUGUGGCUAGCGGCAAUAUUUCUUGUGGUUCAAUUGUGGAAACCACCGUUGGCCACCAAGUGGUCAUUAUUUUCAUCGGAUCUUCGAGGAAACAGUGCGAACACUUCUACAGGAAACUUUCUGUAGUCCCUGAGGCGAAAUUGCAGAGAACAUCAGAAAAUAUGCAUACAUCCUCCGCUUCUGAUUCCUCUACACAAGAAACAGGGUCUCAUCUAAUGAAUGUUGUUGGAAGGGAAGGAUCGAGCGGACCAUGCAACAACAGUGUCACUCGUAACAAGCGUUCUAUCCGGGUGCCACGUGACAUGGCUCUCGAGCUUGCUAGGACUCUCAGCGGCUUAGAGGAAGAGAUCCGCUCGAGAUUUGACCAUCUGGAUGACAUUAUGGAAGAAACGAGCAGCAAGAUCACUUCGAUCGAAAACGUGCUCAAACUAAGACAAACACUACCAUCAGAAAAUCAUGCCAUUUCUACAUCUAACGGAAAGCUUACUCCUGAUUUGCCACAUUUGCAAUGUUCUCAAGGAAAACACUUUGGCCUCAAUGAAUCUACUUCGGAUGCAGGUACCAUGUUUGCUAACAAAAUGAAUUGUGAGAGACCCUUUGAUUCAACUGAAUCGCGAAUUGGACGAGGCGAUGUCUCUCAAUAA